UGUGGUUUUGGCCAAUCAGAGAGUGAUGUGAUCUGAGAUCAGUUAAUCACAAAUGUGUUUCAGUGCUUUCACUCACCAUAUUUACUGUAGACUGUUUGGAUGCAGACGACCAAACAUCAACCUCUGUGUAGGGAACUCAUCCAGGUGUGGUCUUGCAGCUUUCGAGGUUUCACUCUGAAGAAGAAGAAGAUUUCUACAUCAACACCUCACAGAUGAAAAACAAUAACUACAGCAAUGUCACAUCCGACGAUGAUAAUAGUGAUGCAACCUACCCCUAUUUUGUUGAACCAUAUUUUAUAUAUGUGAUAACAUGCGUAAUCAUUAGUAUCGGCCUUCCUUUGACUCUAGUGGCCAUCUAUUCUCUUUAUUCCCAGGUGCAAAAUAACAAUGUUGCUCCAAUCUUCAUCAUCAACCUCCUCAUCUCUGACAUCAUUCAGUUCUGUUGCAUGAUCGUAAAAAAGGCAAGACCUGACUGGAAGAACGAUGAAAUCUUCUAUUAUAUUUACUGCUUUGGUGUGCUGGCCAGUAUUGGCUUCAUGGUCUGUGUCGCCCUGGAAAGGUAUUUGGUCAUCGCAUGGCCACUGUGGUACCGCUUCAGAAGAACCAUCAAGAUCUCUCUUGCAGUCUGUGUCGUGGUCUGGACGCUUCCUCUUGUUUAUGUCCUUCCUUUCUAUUUCCAGGUUGAAAUUAAGGUCUUAAAAACCAUUUCCUCUGUCUGUUUCCUUGUUCCUUUCCCACUGCUCAUAUUCUUCCUGGGUGGGACCCUCAAAUCACUGUCUGCUGCCAUCUCGGUCUCCUCUGAUGAAAAACGACGAAUUGUGGGAAUUUUGGUCCUGGUGCUGCUCAUCUACACGCUGCUGUUUCUACCCAAAAUCAUCUGGAAUCUGGUAGAAGAAGCCAGAGAUAAUUAUACCUUCGACAACCUGACUUUCAUUCUUCUCAGAUUCAGUCCUCUUGCAGACUUGAUUCUGUAUGUUUUCAUGAGGAAAGGGGCCAUAGACAAGCUUUUGGCCUCUCUGUGUUGUUGCAGAAUGGACAGUGAUGAUAACAGCAGAUCAUCAGCAUGAAAGACAGCAACAUGUACACAGUCAGCUCCAUGCAGGCAGAGAAAGAGGGAGAAAGAAAAGGGAGAAAACAGAUGUUAACUGUAAUGUGUCUGAAUGUUAACUAAAAUGCACUUAAACUAGCAAACAAGAGAUAAAUAAAGUGUUUGAUGUAUGACAACAAAAGACUUUGUGCCACAUCAUUAGUUGAAAUGUUGGUGUCAGUUAUGCUCAAAGAAAACUACUAACACCGUUUGUUGUCAGCCAGUGGUGUGACAAUCACAAGUAGAUGUAAAGGAAGCAUUGUUUUGAUUAUGUUGUGAGAGAAGUGGUUGGUGGGAAAUGUUUGUCCGUGCAGGUUAACUUUUUCUGGUUCAUUGUUAGGGCUUCAACAAAUGUGCAUUAAGUUGAUGUCUAUCAUUAUUAUCCUUUGAAGGGGACAUAACAUGCUUUUUGUGAUUUUCUGUCAUUUAUAUUCAUAAUUUAAGUCUGCCAAGGGGCAGCUUC